UUUAAUUCUUUCAGAUAGCAGGCCUUUUUUGUUUUUGCAGGUAAAGUAAGUUUUGGAAUCUAUGGUUUCUCGCAAUCUAGACCACAAAGUUCUAAAGAAAUGUCUAGUAAUGAAGAGAAGAAGAUAAACGACAUGCUGGACCGUUUAAGGCACGGAGAAACCAUACAGAAUACACCAAUGAAUAGCCCCAGAAGAAACCUUUCAAUAUUACCAAUUGGGCUGAACAACAGACCCAAUAACAGGCCGAGCAACCUUAAUUUUACACCAAAGCCCAACGAUAAUGCAGAGACUGAACGAAGACUUAAAGAAAUCAUGAAAAUCAGCGGAUCCAUCAAAAUCGAUGGCCGAAUUUUUAACACCGAUAUUAAACAACUUGAGGAUAUUGAAGAGCUCGGUAAUGGGACCUGCGGCCAUGUAGUUAAAAUGAAACAUGUACCUAGCAAAACGGUCAUCGCUGUAAAACAAAUGAGAAGGUCGGGAAACAAAGAAGAAACGAAAAGAAUUAUAAUGGAUAUUGAGGUUGUGUUAAAGUCCCACGAUUGUAAGUUCAUUGUACAGUGUUUGGGGUGUUUUAUCACUGAUUCGGAAGUUUGGAUUUGUAUGGAAUUGAUGGAUACAUGUUUUGAAAAAUUACUUAAAAAACUUAAACAACCUGUUCCUGAAGAAGUACUAGGGAAAGUUACAUACGCAGUAGUGGAAGCUUUAUCCUAUCUAAAAGAUAAGCAUGAUGUUAUACACAGAGAUGUAAAACCAUCAAAUAUUCUUUUGGAUAAAAAAGGCAACGUCAAACUUUGUGAUUUUGGAAUCAGUGGUCGUUUAGUGGAUUCCAUGGCAAAAACUAGGAGCGCUGGGUGUGCCGCUUACAUGGCGCCUGAGCGAAUCGAACCUGAUCCCCAAAAUCCCGACUACGACGUCAGAGCCGACGUGUGGUCUUUGGGUAUCACUUUGGUGGAGCUGGCAACCGGGGUUUUCCCCUACAAAGAUUGCAAGACUGAUUUUGAAGUGCUCACCAAAGUGCUGGGGGAAGCCCCGCCGUAUUUGCCCGAAGACAAAGAGUUUAGUCACGAUUUCAGGGACUUUGUCAAGUGCUGCUUGACGAAAAACAAGCAGUCCAGACCGAAAUACGCGGUUUUAAAAAACCACACUUUUAUGAAAAAAUACGAAAAAGCAAACGUGAACGUGGGAGAGUGGUUUACGCAGGCUCUGGGUAACGGGGCAGCUCCUAGACACAGUUUCAUUACCAACCCGAUACGUCAGUUCUUCUCAUCUCAGCAAUCUAAAUCGACACAACACCAGCAAUUUGGCAACCUCGCGCGCGCCAUUCCAAAACCAAUACAACAGCAACAACAACAACAACAAUCGCCACAACAGGGACGAGUCUCGCGACUAAGCAUAUUUCAAGCCCAAAGGGAGCCUCAAAAUUUGAACCACAACCCGCAGCACCAAAGCCGGAUGGAAUUCUUGUUUCAACCGGUUAAUAACGUUUCGACUAAUCAGCCGACUAGUUACUCGCCGUACCGGGCCUUUCAAAAUCACGUGGCGGCAACGCAGAACAAGCAGGACACCAGCAGGCAGCAGGAGUCUCACAUACCGUUGAGAAUACAUGCGGAGAAACCCACUUUGGCAAACCACCACGUGGCGAGCGAGAGCAAGCAGCACCAGCGCCAGCAGUCUCCGCUGCCGCCGCGUCGCGGCGCCAGCGAGGGCCGGUGGCGGUCGCCCAGCGCCUCGCCGCUCCCCCUCCGCAGCCAAAUCCAAGCGGAAGACGCGCAGUACAACCACGGCAACACCAGCCCCAUAGUCCUGCAGCGGUUCUAUCACCAGCAGAAGCAGCAGCAGCUCGCCAAAGAGGCGGAAGAGAACGGCAAGAAAAAGUUCUCUUCGUACAUAAAGCUGCAGCUUACGGGCGACAGAAGCGGCCGAUCGUCUAGACACCAAAGCCCCGAACCGCCACCUAGAUUGAACCGAACUGUCAGCGGGGAAAGUCAGAGCCCGCUGACGUUGCGCAGGAACUUUCUCGAAACACACACGCCAAAUUCUCCUAGUCUAUCGAAAAGGUAUAUUUCACCGACACCGCCUAUUCCGCCGCCGCGUAAACUUUCCGAAAGCAGCUCGGUACCCGGUUCUCCGCAACACUUUAGAGCCAGAUUUCACUACACGCCCGAGCCUCAAAGGCGGCUCUUCCAAAACAACGACGUGUCAUAACAUUAACUCCAUCUGUUAGUGAAAAUCUGCGACUGCUUAAACCCGACACCCAGUGCGCUGUACGCGGUACAAAAAAUGUCAUUUCAAUAAGUUCAUUUCUACCACGUUAUUGUAAAACACUUUGUACGCCAAAAUUAUUAUUUUUUUUACCGCGUACCAAUAACUAGUUUACAAUUUGUAUUUAUAUAAGUACAUAAGCAAAGUUCAUAAAUUAGAUGGUGCUUUAUUCUCUGAGGCUUUCUACUGUGUAUGUUGUACAUAUUUAUAAUGCACUGCGGGUCAAAAUUAACGCAUAAUAAAGUACAAAAAUUUAACUCUAAAACGCCUUUACCAAUCUUGUAUAAAAAUACUUCAACUUAUAUCUUAGUUUACGUGUUCGAGGGUUUUUCGAAAAAAAUAUUUUUAAACCCUUUAAUUAAGUAACAAAAAAACGUUCUAAAAAUUAAAAAUAUGGCGUUAAAGACCGUCAAAGUCGGUAAAAAUUACCCCUUUUUGAUUAUUUUGCUGAAAAGUGGUCAUUUUUGACGACUUUGAAGCGCUGUAUUUUCGUUACUGUUCGUUUGAUUUGUACAACAUUUUCAGGGUAUACUAACAAAAAUACGGUCUUUCACAGCAUAUUUUUUAUUUACUUCGAAAAAAAAAUUUCCUAUAAAAGUUUUUUCGAGCGUUUUUUAUUAUUAAAUUAAAGGGCU